AUGGAAAUCGUCUGUGUGGGCGCCGAUGAACGCUUCAGCAGAAUAUACAUAAGUCUGCUCACUGUUGCUCCUAUUAAAACAAGCUACGUUCAUGCUUUCUCACAGCCGAUCAUGUCUACUCAAUCACUUCUGGAUCAUUGUCGUACACUUUGCAGAGCAACAAUUGUGACCGCUCUCCGCUACCUCUGCCGUGACAAUCGCGCAGCAAAGUCCACUGAGAUGGCGAAGGGACUCCCUGCGGAUGAAAAGCCAUCCUUCGUCUUCUGCCUCUUCUCAAUUCCUUCCUUUCCUAUGUCGUUAACUGGGCUUAAAAGGGGAAACACCACACAAGGGACAGCUCAAUUUCAUAGGCCUGGAAAUUUUAUUCGGGUAUUGUCUCUAAUACCCUCAAAUAGUCAAUAA